AAAACCUUGAAUAAAGCUUUUCUUUUCUUACAGCUGCAACAUCUGCCUCCUGAGUGCACUGACUGGUACUCCACAAUGAAUAUCGGUGUGCGCAGCAACCUUGUAGCUUUAGGCUGUGGGGCGAGGUUAUGGUAUCCUGUGCAUGAGGCAAUGGUGACACUCACGGGAUCGCAAACUGUCAGGUGGAUAAAACCACGAUGGGUUCCUGUAGCUAAGAGCAAAAUGUUCCGUAUUCCUGAGCGCAAACCCCUCCCUCCGGAGGAAGAGGUUGAGCUAAGAUGCUUGUACAACAAUUACUAUAUGGCGAUGAGGGCCAUCAG